AUGGCUGUGUCACCUUCCACCCAUCCCCGUCGCCUCCUGCCCCUCUUCCUGGGGCUUUUCCAGGGUGCCCUGCUUCUCUUCUUCGCCCUCUUCGUCACCUAUGAUGAGCCUUCGGCGCAGGCAGAGGAUACCAACUUGGUGGCCAAUGGGGUCUACAGCACCUUCCCCUUCUUCCAGGACAUCCAGGUGAUGCUGGUGGUGGGGCUGGGGCUCCUGCUGGCCUUCCUGCCCCGCUAUGGGUUCAGUGCCCUCACCCACAACUUCCUCCUGCUCAACUUCUCCAUGCAAUGGGCGCUGGUGCUGCAGGGCCUGCUCCACCACUUCCACCAUGGCCAGGUCCACCUGGACCUCCACAAAGUCCUCAUCUCKGAGUUUGCUGCCGUGACAGUGCUCAUCUCCGUGGGGGCCAUCCUGGGCAGGGCCAGUCCCUGCCAGCUGCUCGCCAUGGCCACCUGUGAAAUCCCCGUYUACCUGGCCAGCGAGUGGCUCAUUGUCACCUGCCUGGGCGUUCUGGAUGUGGGCGGCACCAUCACCAUCCACGUCUUCUCCUGCUAUUUCGGCCUUGGCGUGUCCAAGGCUCUGUUCAGGGCAGCSAAGCAGCCGCUGCACCCUAAGGAGACCCCAACAGCCCGCUCUGACCUCAUGUCCCUGGUGGGGAUGCUCAUCCUCUGGGUUUUCUGGCCCAGCUUCGUGGCCGUCCCCUGCCAGCCGGGCGAUGCCCAGCACCGCGCCAUCCUGAACACCCUCCUGGCCAUGAGUGCCAGCGCCGUUACCACCGUGGUGGCCUCCAGCCUGCUGGAGAGGGACGGCAAGCUCAGCCUCGGCCACCUGCAGAACGGCAGCCUGGCCGGCGGGGUGGCCAUCGGCGCGGUGGCCGACAUGGCCAUGCCACCAGUGGCCGCUCUUGCCCUGGGCAGCCUCUCAGCCGUGGUGUGUGUCCUUGGCUUCAGCUUCCUGACCCCGCUCCUGGGGAGGAAGCUCACACUCCACGACCAGUGCGGCAUCCACAACCUCCACGGCUUGCCCGGCAUCCUCGGUGCCGCAGCCAGCGUUGUGGCCGUCCUGGUGGCAUCCAAGGACACCUCCGGGUCCCAAUCCUCUCUGUCCCCCACUGGGGGCAAUGCCAGCGAGGUGCUGGAGGGACAGUGGGGUGGCCGCGGGGCGGGCGGGCAGGCGCUGUGCCAGGCAGCGGGGCUGGCGGUGGCCAUCGGCGCCUCGCUGCUCGCCGGGCUGCUCACCGGGGCCGCCCUCCGGCUCCCCUGCCUGGCCCAGCCGCCCGAGCGCCUCUGCUUCGAUGACGCGCUGUAUUUUAAGAUCCAGGAUCAGGCUGAGAGCCCGGGGCCAGACAGCAGCGCUGAGGARGGAGCCCUGGCUCUGAAGGAGCAGGUUUAG